AUUCGGUUUCUAUCGCAUCACGCUUCAAUUUUUUUUAAAACGCCAGUUUGUAGCAGUAAAUUAUGAACUCAGAAAUGAAAAUAAGUGCCUACGUGGAACCUUCGUGUUCUGUCUGUCUUUUUACAAGUUGAAAUAUUUGAUUCAACCUUACCCUCGAGUCUCACCGCCAUGAGAUAUUUAUCCGUAAAGAUGUUAAUCAUGAUCUUAGUUUUAACCACUGGUUGCAUACUGUCAAGUAAUGCUAACCGUUCCCCGUCGCCUGGAAUGUCUGUGUCACCAAAUAACAUAGGAAGAACGGAGCUUCCUUCUGAUUACGAUACUUGGUGGAGUAUUCAAGAAGGGAAGAAAAUUUAUGUUGAUAAAACCAAAUUCCUGUCCCUGCAUCAAUUUCAAUCUGGUCUUAAUUUCCUACGCAGACCACCUGGAUUUGGUACGAGUAUGUUUUUGCAAAUGAUAGCCAGCUUUUACAAAGGUGAAAAGCACUACUUCAAUGGUACAAGCGUUCAUCAAUACGGUAACACGCGUUCGAAAAAUGGUUCGUGGAUCCGAUAUCCAGUAAUCCACAUAAACUUCGAUUCCAUUCCCAUCCAGUAUAGUAAAAAUUUAACCCUACGUGAAAUUAUGCGUGAUAUAUAUAAUCGAACAGAUUUAAUGCUGAGGAAUAUAGCUACAAUAACUUAUGAAAUAGAUAUCCCCAAAUGGUUCGAGACUGACACCAUUACAUUAAGUGAUCUGAUUUCUCUUCUACAUGGUAAAUUUCACCUCCCUGUUGUCAUCUUGAUCGACAAAUACGAUAGUAUAAUCAAAAAAGUUAGGUCAAAUUUGGACAGAAAUUUCACAGAAUGUUUCCAGGCAGAUUUGGAACAGUUCUACUCGCAAAUCAAAGCCGCUCACAGUACGUACGAGGUCAAAUUGGCAUUGGUGACUGGUGUACAUCCGUUUGAUAUCAAUACAUCGGAACUAGGUGCAAAUAAUAUCGUAGAUAUAUCGUGGGAUUCUGAAUUCGCAACGUGUAUUGGCUUCACAAAAGAUGAAAUAGAGACCACGUUUAAAUCGGAAAUAUCUGACUUCGCGGCUCAUCUGAAAACUACACCGGAUGAUAUUACGAAUCAAUUGAAAUACUGGUAUGGCGGAUACAGUUUCUCUGAAAAGGAUACACUAAAUGAGAAAAAUAUCGUUUACAAUCCUAUCUCCGUGUUGAAUGCGUUGAAGAAGUUCAAGUUCGAUUUGUACUGGGUGAAUAAGACUGCCAACGCCGAUGUCAUUGCGAAAAAAAUGAAUUCACUUUAUUAUUCCUUCGAUGAAUUGAAAAAUUACAGAUUGCAUCACAGUUUCGAUUUGAAUCCUAGAAAAAGAUAUAAUCCGAUAAUGCAGGAUGAAAUUCCGGUCCCAGAAAUGAUGCUACAAACGGGGUAUUUAAAACUCGUUUCUUAUACCUACCACCCCCACUCAGGAGACCUGGUAGUACUAAAUUACCCGAAUUGGGAAAUUGAAACCGGUUUGAACAGGUCGUUACAUCUUGCAGCAGCUUGUAAAAAUCCCUAGCGACGUGAUGUGUAAAAUGAACUAAGUAUUUUAUUUCUGUCUACCCCUGGUGUGCUUGAUUAUGGAGAACCCUUGGACACCCAGUCACAUCUGAAAGUACGCCGGAAAACUGAUUUCCAUUUUGGGAAUAGAGCUUACAAGGGAACCUCUUGAGGUGUCCGCCUCCGAUUUGAACGGAACCGAGAUUUUUCGAAAGAGCAUGGUCUAAAACCCCCAAAACCAAAUUUUCAGCUGCCCAACUUCAUAUCUUGAUACUUGGCGAACGUUUGAAAAUUCAAAAUUGACUGUUUUUGGUGAUUUAUCUACAUAUACUUUUUUCAAAAAAGUACGUACAUGAUCAGUAAAAAUGAUCAAAAUGAAUCCGAAAACUUAUAUUAAUUUUCCAAAUGCAAAUUUCGCCCAUUUCCAGCCAUUCUGGGGCCUCCCUUCAAUUUUUUGAUAUUUUUAUUAUGAAAAAGGCUGGUCAAAAAACCACUCUUGAAGUGUCCCCUCCAGAAUCGGCUCAAAUGUGGAUAAACUCGUUAAACAGGUCGAGCAUUACACACAACUCGAUUUUUAGCUGCCCAAGUUCAAAUCCACGCCUUCUGAAGCAAAUUGAAAAUUCUGGAGAAAUUGAAAAAUCGCGCUGGAGCCUCCAAAAUGUCUGGUAAUGGCGAAAUUCGCCCUCGUGGGGUUAGUUUAUGACAAAAUACUCCGAUUCGCGAAAAUGUCAAAAAUUUUCUCGCAAACGGGAAAUUUUUGAUUUUUUGAAUUUUUUAUUUUGAAAAACGGCUGGUCAAAAAACCACUCUUGAGGUGUCCCCCUCCAGAAUCGGCUCAAAUGUGGAUAAAUUCGUUGAACAGGUCGAGCAUAACACACAACUCGAUUUUCAGCUGCCCAACUUCAUAUUAACGUCUUCUGGAGCAAAUUAAGAAUUCUGGAGAUAUUGAAAAAUCGUGCUGGAGGCUCCACAAUGGCUGGAAAUGGCGAAAUUUGGAUUUGGAAAAUUAAUAUCAGUUUUAGGAUUUAUUUUGAUCAUUUUUACUGAUCAUGUACGUACUUUUUUGAAAAACGUAUAAAUCACCACAAAAACAUCGAGAUAUGAAGUCGGGCAGCUAAAAAUUUGGUUUUGGGAGUCUUAGACCAUACUCUUUCAAAAAAUCGUGGUCCAGUUCAAAUCGGAGGCGGACACCUCAAGAGGUUUCCUCGUUAGACAAAUACCCCCUCAAUCUCCUGUAUGCUCUCCUAACCCUUAAAACUACCUAUGCUGUAAAUUAAAAAUGUUCUUUUUUUGAA